AUUUAUUAAUCUUAUUAGCUCAUCUAUUUCCUAAAUUUUUUCUUCGAAAUAUAGCUUUUACUUUUGGUCCAUUUUGGAGACGGUAGUAAAACUUAAAUGCAAUUUUGGAGAAACAGAAGAAUUCCUCUUUUCUUUCUUUUUCUUUUUUUUCAAAAUACUCAUUUGUGAUAUAACCAGUUUUGAAGAAAGGAAAGUCGGAGGAUGAAUGACUAUUUUCCAGAAGACAGGUAAAGCAUAUUUGGUAGAUUAAUUCCCAAUUCACCUUCUCAAAGGAAAAGGACAAAACCCUCAUUUACCAAGAUUCUAAAGAGAUUUUCAGGUAAGUCCCUAGCCAGGCCCCCAUCAGUCUUUGCUUUGAAGCCUUCAUUCCCCAGAGCUUGGUUUUCCUGACCGGGUCCCAAACAUUUUAUUGAGCUGCAAGAAGAGUGGAGGAAGUAAUCGUGACAGUCACAAGUCUGGUGGCACUCAGGAGAACAAUGGCCUCUGUGCUUAUCAGGGAAUCAAUCUUUCUGCCUAUCAUCUUCUUUUUCUUCUGAAGAAAGUGACUUAGAGCAAUUACCUCAUCCAGAACAAUUACCUCACUCUAAACUGUUUAUUCUCCAGAGAAAGGUGUUUGGGAGCCAGGUAGCACUCUGACCAGAGAGAUGGAUUUUUUAAAAGUACUCUAUCGAUGUUAAGUGUGGCAGUGGGGAGCUGGUGGGAAGGUUGUUUUUCCUUCAAACCAAGACUUCAUUUUCUAUGGGGGUCCACCAGGCAGAAGGGGACAUAUUCUGACCAGCUGAGUUCCAAUGUCCUUGUGGGCUCUUGAUCUGUGAGAGGAAGCGGUGCUCUUUCUAUGUAGGCUUGAACUCAGGGCCAUAUCCCCAGGUGUGAUCUUUGCUCUCAAAUGGUGUGGCCUGAGGUAUUCUCUCUUAAAUGACUCCUUCUUCCAAGGGGAGAAUAAGACGCAGCUGUGAGGUAUUUUCAAAGCAGUGAAGUAAAGAUUUGGUGGUCUGUUCAAAACAAAGCACACUUGUAAGAAAAGUCUUCUUUCCUUACAAAGGCCCAGCAUCACUUUUUUUCCAGAUACUUAGGAAAAGGCAAUUCCAGAAGGCCCAGAUUAAGACAAAGAAAACAGUAGUCAUCAGAAAAGAGGGAGCUUUCUGAAAAGUUGGGAGAUUGUGGAGGUGAUUAAGACCACAGACUAGGGAAUUGGGGGAACAAAGUAAAAACAAAAAUUGAUCACACAUUCCCAAUGCACCGAUGAUUGUAAUUUCCCAAUUUCUUUAAGUACAUACGUGUGUGUUUAGCCUAGUGGCAAUGAUGGGUUUAUUCUAGUGCGAUUUUCCCCCAACUUGGCAUGUCUUUUUUUUUUUUUCUUUCUUUUGAAUUUUUCAAGAGUGAUGUCUGAUUUGAUUUUUAAAAUAUGGAUACAAAAGAAGCAGCACUGUGAAAAGAAUCAAAGUUGAACAAAACGGAGGUUUCAAGGAAGCAGCAGACUCAGGCGGCAGAGAAGCCCGCAUCUUCCUGCGCUGGCUUGGCCUCCAAGAGGCCCUCCGGCUUUGCUCACAUCUUAAAACGCGCGCGCGCGCGGGCCCGGCUCUGGUCCGGCUUCCCUGCUCCGGGAGUCGGGGCGGUUUGCGGAGCGUGGAAGAACCUGCGGGUGCGCGCAGCGGCCUCAAGGCUCACCUGCGCCUCCCCGCCACCAGCCCCACGCUGCCUGCCGCCGCCGCCCCUCCCGCAGCCCCGCCCCGGCCCGGCUCAUUGGCUGCCACUCCGAGGGGAGGGGAAGGGGCGGCCGCGGGGGUCUCAUUAGCGAUGCGGGCUCCUUCCUCCACUCCCUAGUCCGGAACCCGGCGGCGGCGGGAGCGCUCAUGAGUGAGCGGUGCAGCGGGGACGGCGGGCGACUCUGGCAGUGACCGAGGUGGCAGCGGUCACCCCGCCGUGGGAAGCUAUGGGGGCACGGGUAUCCUCUGGGUGCUCAACGCGCUGCAGCUCCCAGCGCUCUGCCCAGCUGCUGUAGGGAGCGGCUGUGGAGCAGUCGCUCGUGGCAGACCCCCGGGACCCCCGCGACUCAGCCCCUGGCUUGCGGUGCCUCUCCUGGGUUCCCGGAGCGCGGAAGAGCAUCCGUCCUCUCUAGUGGGGCGAGCAACAUGGGGAGAGCGGCCGCCGCAGGAGGAGGCGCUGGAGGGGCACGCCGGUGGCUCUCUUGGCUGGGGCUCUGCUUCUGGACAGCCGGGGCUGCGGCUGCUAGAGGAACCGACAAUGGUGAAGUCCUCCCUGAAUCCAUCCCGUCAGCUCCUGGGACACUGCCUCAUUUCAUAGAGGAGCCAGAUGAUGCUUAUAUCAUCAAGAGCAACCCCAUUGCACUGAGGUGCAAAGCGAGGCCAGCCAUGCAGAUAUUCUUCAAAUGCAAUGGCGAGUGGGUCCAUCAAAACGAGCAUGUCUCUGAAGAGAGUCUGGAUGAGAGUUCAGGCUUGAAGGUCCGGGAGGUGUUUAUCAACGUCACCAGGCAGCAGGUGGAGGAUUUCCAUGGGCCCGAGGACUACUGGUGCCAGUGUGUGGCCUGGAGCCACCUGGGGACCUCCAAGAGCAGAAAGGCCUCUGUGCGCAUAGCCUAUUUACGGAAAAACUUUGAGCAAGACCCGCAGGGAAGGGAGGUUCCCCUGGAAGGCAUGAUCGUGCUGCACUGCCGCCCGCCGGAGGGGGUUCCUGCUGCAGAGGUGGAAUGGCUGAAAAACGAGGAGCCCAUUGACUCUGAACAAGAUGAGAACAUUGAUACCAGGGCAGACCACAACCUCAUCAUCAGGCAGGCGCGGCUCUCGGAUUCAGGGAAUUACACCUGCAUGGCAGCCAACAUCGUGGCCAAGAGGAGGAGCCUGUCGGCCACAGUGGUGGUUUAUGUGAAUGGAGGCUGGUCUUCCUGGACAGAGUGGUCAGCCUGCAAUGUUCGCUGUGGUAGAGGAUGGCAGAAACGUUCCCGGACCUGCACCAAUCCAGCUCCUCUCAAUGGUGGGGCCUUUUGUGAGGGAAUGUCAGUGCAGAAAAUAACCUGCACUUCUCUCUGUCCUGUGGAUGGGAGCUGGGAAGUGUGGAGUGAGUGGUCAGUCUGCAGUCCAGAGUGCGAGCAUUUGCGCAUCCGGGAGUGCACGGCCCCGCCCCCAAGAAACGGAGGCAAAUUCUGCGAAGGUCUCAGCCAGGAAUCUGAAAACUGUACAGAUGGCCUCUGCAUCCUAGAUAAAAAACCUCUUCAUGAAAUAAAACCCCAAAGAUGGAGUAGGAGAGGUAUUGAGAACGCCAGCGACAUUGCUUUGUACUCAGGCUUGGGAGCUGCAGUCGUAGCCGUUGCAGUCCUGGUCAUCGGCGUCACCCUUUACAGACGGAGCCAGAGUGACUAUGGCGUGGAUGUCAUCGACUCUUCUGCAUUGACAGGUGGCUUCCAGACCUUCAACUUCAAAACAGUCCGUCAAGGUAACUCCCUGCUUCUGAAUCCCUCCAUGCAACCAGACCUAACAGUCAGCCGAACGUACAGUGGGCCCAUCUGUCUGCAGGAUCCCCUGGACAAGGAACUCAUGACGGAGUCGUCACUCUUUAACCCUCUGUCAGACAUCAAGGUCAAAGUACAGAGCUCAUUCGUGGUUUCCCUGGGUGUGUCGGAGAGAGCCGAGUACCAUGGCAAGAACCAUUCCGGGACUUUUCCCCAUGGAAACAAUCACAGCUUUACGACAGUGCAUCCCAGAAAUAAAACACCCUACAUCCAGAAUCUGUCAUCACUUCCUACAAGGACGGAACUGAGGACCACUGGUGUCUUUGGCCAUUUAGGAGGACGCUUAGUAAUGCCAAAUACAGGGGUGAGUUUACUCAUUCCACAUGGUGCCAUCCCAGAGGAGAAUUCUUGGGAGAUUUACAUGUCCAUCAACCAAGGUGAACCCAGCCUCCAGUCCGAUGGAUCCGAGGUGCUCCUGAGUCCGGAAGUCACCUGUGGUCCCCCAGACAUGAUUGUCACCACUCCCUUUGCCCUGACCAUACCACACUGUGCGGAUGUCAGCUCUGAGCACUGGAAUAUCCACUUAAAGAAGAGGACCCAGCAGGGCAAGUGGGAGGAGGUAAUGUCAGUGGAGGAUGAAUCCACAUCCUGUUACUGCCUUUUGGACCCCUUUGCAUGCCAUGUGCUCCUAGACAGCUUUGGGACGUAUGCCCUCACUGGAGAACCAAUCACAGACUGUGCCGUGAAGCAACUCAAGGUGGCAGUUUUCGGCUGCAUGUCCUGUAACUCUCUGGAUUACAACUUGAGGGUCUACUGUGUGGACAAUACGCCUUGUGCGUUUCAGGAAGUGGUUUCAGAUGAAAGGCAUCAAGGUGGACAGCUACUGGAAGAACCAAAGUUGCUGCAUUUCAAAGGGAACACCUUUAGUCUUCAGAUUUCUGUCCUUGACAUUCCCCCAUUCCUCUGGAGAAUUAAACCUUUCACUGCAUGCCAGGAGGUCCCAUUCUCCCGCGUGUGGUGCAGUAACCGGCAGCCCCUGCACUGUGCCUUCUCCCUGGAGCGAUACACGCCCACCACCACCCAGCUGUCCUGCAAAAUCUGCAUCCGGCAGCUCAAAGGCCAUGAACAGAUCCUCCAAGUGCAGACAUCAAUCCUAGAGAGUGAAAGAGAAACCAUCACUUUCUUUGCACAAGAGGACAGCACCUAUCCCGCACAGACUGGCCCCAAAGCCUUCAAAAUUCCCUACUCCAUCAGACAGCGGAUUUGUGCUACAUUUGAUACCCCCAAUGCCAAAGGCAAGGACUGGCAGAUGUUAGCACAGAAAAACAGCAUCAACAGGAAUUUAUCCUAUUUUGCUACACAAAGUAGCCCAUCCGCUGUCAUUUUGAACCUGUGGGAAGCUCGUCAUCAGCACGAUGGUGACCUUGACUCCCUGGCCUGUGCCCUUGAAGAGAUUGGGAGGACACACACGAAACUCUCCAACAUGACGGAAUCGCAGCUGGAGGAAGCUGACUUCAACUACAGCAGGCAAAAUGGACUCUAAUCCACUUCCUCUGGUGAGGACCAGCUUCAGGACACUUGCUUUAAAUGGGAAAGAAAGAGGCAGCUCUCUGCCCAGUGGCGUUUGGGGAAUUCAGCCUUCAUUUACAAUCAGUGAGCAUCCCUGAUUGAAGAAACUGAAUUUUGUGUAGGUGAAAUAUGUUAAUAGGGAAAAGUACAAGCUCCCUUAGGUAAAAGAGGGUUCUGUCUCCUCUGAAUCCACACUUGGGUUUACACUUGAUGGACUUCUCAGAUUUGGAGUGGCAAGGAAAAAAGUGAGGAUUUAUCUAGACAAAGGUAACUGGAAAAGAUGAGCUACAGCACAGCUGUAAAGGACAAGACUGAACAAGUGCAUGUUUUGUUAGAUUUUUAAUGAUGUGCCCCAAAGGGCCAGCUGAUUCUGGUACCAGACUGUCAGUUUCCUACCAACUGGCAUCUUGGGGUGUCGGCAGUCAUUGCCAACUGGCUUUUAGAAGUGAAAGAGAGUUGCCGACUCAUUUGUAGGACUUCAACAAUGUCAAGGAGGGCAUGUAGAAUUUUGAAUCUGAGUACCCCACACCAGCACCAAUUCCCUAUCUAUCCCAGCCACUUAAAAGAAACAAGAUCGAGAGGUUAGAUGGACCACAAGCUAGUUCUUGCAGCAUACCCCACCUUCAUUUUUUUCAAAGACAAACCUGCCCACAUUCUUUCUUCCCCUUCCACACCCAUGACCACAGGGGAGAGGUUUCAAGGACCAUAGACUUUUCAAUGUGGAAAUUUUUUUCUAACUCAACAAAGCAGGGCUAUCUCUGUUCCCAGCUAAGCCUCUCAAAUCAUAAACGCUCUUGGAAGAACACAGCUUAUUGCAAAGAUUUAGAGACAAGAGGGGUCAAUUUGGGUCCAAGGAAACAUAGGAACUGUAUAUGCCCAAGGCCUCAAAUAAGCUGUCCUUCUAGGAUGCAGGUGCUGAUUGAGUUACCCAAUGUUGUUGCUAUGGAGGGAUGAGGGGCUUUACUGUACUUUUAUGAUGCAUUUCUUGAAUUUUCUAACCUUUUGGUACUAUGUUAUCACAACAUCUCUCCACAGGACUGUAACUCAUCCUCGUUUGGCCUCUUGCAAAAUUAGCAGAUGGUCUUUUCUGUAAAUGGUAUCAGAAUACUCAGUAGGACUCUACCACUGUGUCCCAGAGACCACAUGCAUUGUUGAGAGAGCCUCCAGGCUCUGAUCAUUCAACCUCACCAAGUACACUCUAACUAAAGGCCCAUUAACCUACUGCUGUAUGUUUUCCCUGAGAGGCAAUGCAAUUGUGGAGAAUUGAAAUCUACAGAUAAUAUCAGAUCCCCAUCUUAACACUCUACUUGCAUCUUUUAUCCUAUUUAAAUCCUUUUUGACAAGAUGUCCUUAUAAACUCAAGAUGAACAGAUUUUCUCCUGCUCAUUUUCUAGAGGAUGUUGUAAUUAACUGCCCAGGAUCGGCACAACCAAAGUGAAGAAUCUAGAUUAGCCACAAGACUGAUCAGCUAGAGAUUGGCUCCGUUAGAAUAAAAGUGGGGAAUGGGGGAGGCAGGGAGUACCUCGCAGUAGGGAUAUUAUCACCUUUUUUAAACUAUGUUUUUGUAGAUUCUGUGUUUAAGAAAAGUGUUGUGAAUCUCUGCCUCAGUGAAAAAGACCUAGGAGUUCCCACUGUGGCACAGUCAGUUAAGAAUCCAACUGCAGCGGCUCAGGUUACUGCAGAGGUACUGGUUCGAUCCCCAGCCCAGCACAGUGGGUUAAAGGAUCUGGAAUUACUACAGCUAUAGCUCAGAUUCAGUCCCUGACCUGGGAAAUUCCACAUGCCAUGAGCGUGGAUGUUAAAAAAAAGAAAGAAAAAAAAAAAAGAAAAGACGACCUAAAAUAAAAAUUUAUGAUACCCUGAAUAAGGCAUUAAAGAACCAGCUCUUGAAUGUGUUGGCCAUUUUCCCUAAUGAAUGUGUGGUACAGACGGUCCCCUGCAUUUGAGAGAAGGCUUUGCUACAAGAAAUUCAAAAGCAUCUUGCUUUUCUCAGGAACCAAAGGCAUAUAAUAUGGAGCAACCCCAUCCUUCUGGAAUUGUUGAGCAUAUUUUCCAAAUACCAUACCUAGGUCAGGAAAACACCCAUUUUACUAGUGUAUUCAAUUUGUUUAUUCCUUCUAGGGAGUGGAAAAAAGAAAGCAUGGAAAUGUAAGUCAUUUGACAUCCUUGAUAGAAUGAGAUAGAAGCAGAAGUAGAUGGUGAAUCACCCAGAAUAAACCCAGAGGGUUGACCGGCAUGGGUGGUAUGCCAAAAGCACCUGCAAGAAACUAUUGAAUAAGAACGUACAAAAAACAUGGUAUGGAGUGUAUAAUAUCCAUCUUGGAGGAUUUUGUUUUAACAUCCUCCCCUUUUUUCCUCUUUCCUUCUAAGAAAUUGGCCUUAUAAUUGUUUUAUCUUUUCUGUGAAUCCACAGAUAUCUUUUUCAGAUUUUUGAUAUAUUUUUUAUAUUUUCAAACAGAUGAAAAAUGUUUUCCCUAGAACCUACUUAGAUUAUUUUAAUAUAAGAACUUAUUAGCAAGCCCUGAAUGUCUGGAAUUUCCUCACAUGGCUUUUUUCUUCUUUUUUGACCUGGGUUUUAUAAAUGCCCUUGAUCAUUAUAUUAUAUCGGGUUAUAAAGGAAGCAAAGGAACAUGAUUCUCUUCGGAUUUCAGCCCAAGGUUCAAAUCCAUCUUUCAGUCUGUUAUGUUCCUCUUUACAUCUCUUAUUUCUGCUAGGAUCCUAAGCAGUAUUUCUUCAGGUUUCCUACAGUAGAAAUUCAGCGCCCACUGCAUGUCAGUACUGGGCAGUAUUUUACACUGGAAUUCCAAAGAGAACUCAUGUUUUUGAGAUUUACAGACCUGUGUUGUGUGUGGGGUGGAGGGGUGGCAGGCAGGGAGGAGUAUGAAAUUGCAGAUCAGAUAGACUUAGCUGGCACUUAAACUUACAGUUACUCACUGCAACCUAAACCCUUUUUCUAUUUUAAUAUUUUCCUGUCACAAUACACACACACAAAUGCCUCUUGAAAGAGAUUCACUCAUCGGUCCUAGUGGAAAAAUUAAAUAAAAAAUUAAAAGUGGUCUUUAAUACUUCGUGGGUUACUUAAAAAUUUUACAAAACAUCCCACAUAUAUAAUGACACAUCUUUCAUUCCUCAAAAGCAUUUAAGUCUAAUUGUCCUGCUUUGAGCAGGACUUAAAAUGAUACCACCAAAAUGGUGCACUUCACGGCCUCACCAGACUGCAACAUUGUAAAGUGAAUUUACAGUUUUUACAGCAUGGAUUGAGCAGUCUUAGUGGUUUACAUUAAAAUCCUUUAAGUCAAAAGGAAGCUCGGUCUAUGGAUUUAAAUGCAAACUUCAUUUACUGGUGCAGGAAGUCCCAUAAAAUUCAGAUGUACUCCCACAAAAAUUUUAUUGGCUUUUUUGUAAGAGAUGAAUAGGAAUUGACACAGUUCUCUUGAAAGAGGAGAACUUUGCUCUUUAUGAUUUUUAUCUCCAAUUGCAGGUGUUCUCCUAUGCUGUGGUCCUUGGCUUUUCCUUUUAGUUGACUUUGAGAGGGGGUAUGAAGUCAAAUCACUAAAACAGGGUUCUCUUUGGAUUAAAAGUUCUGGAUUUAUUGCACCUGUUUCCCUGAGUAGAAAUUCUCAACAUCUGGGUUGAUAAAUAUUAAAAGAGUAAAACUGAUUGAAGGUGGUAUUCUCCACUGGCCCAACUUCUGGCCAAUCUGUGAAUUUCAAGAUGUUACUAAAUCUUGAUUUCCCUUUUUUGCCAUUUUCUCUUCAAUUUCUUAGUCCCUCUGUAAAGGUGUUGAGUCAUAGAGCUAUCAAAUGUGUUGAAGUUCUCUCAAGGUCUCUGUUCCAGAUCUGUGAAGGUCAUAGGAACCAUGAAGGAGCCGAGAAACGUGCUUUUCUGGCCCACUGUGUGGCCCAUUUUCAUUCAUUUUCCUCAUGAAACAUUGCAGAGUUUGGAGCCCUUAGUAACUCCCAUUGACUGGACUAGAAGUGACAUCCACAGGAAAUGGGAGAGAAAAAUAUUGUCCUACAGAUAGUGACACAUUUUAUUAUCCCUUUGGUGUGAGUUGCCAUAGCGCCGUAUUUGAAAAAAAAAAAUGCUUUAGCCCAAUGCUGAAUGGCCACUGUUUUCCGCCGUUUACACUGUUUUGUCUGCAUAGUUUUCCUGAACUACAAGCAAAAAAUGUAUUUUGUCAAAUGUCACAACGUGAAAAUGUUACUAAUCUUAGACGUGUUGCAUAUUUUGUGUUUCUUAACUUUCCAGACUCUUUCAAAAGCUGCAGUUAUAAAGCUGUUUGGCUGUGUUGACAGCAUGUGGUGUUUUUUGCAAAAGCAGUUCUAGGAGAGCCAGUGUCUACCACGGACUCCUCACAUCCCCACCUUCAGGGUCAUCAGCAGAAUCAGAGAUGGCCAUUUGUAUGAUGUGAUUUUUUUUUCAAAAGCAAAAAGGGGGUGGAAAUCAGACCUGGCCAUUAGUCACUAGUGUGUAGUACUGUGAUCUGAAGUAGGAAAUUUAACUCACAUAGCAUAAUUGUGGUUUUUGAAGCAGCUCCUUUGAUUUUUUCCUUUCGCUGUAAAGAUCAAGGUUUUGGAAUGUCCUCACUAGGUGGGCCUAAGGCAGUAGCGUUAAACUCCAUGUCUUAGAACCCACCCUCUAUCUGAACCCAAAGAUCAAAAGCUUCAUGUUUAGGCCUAAGCUUAAAAAUCUCCUCCCCCAUCCCUAAUAUUGAGUUCUUACAAGGGGUAUUCCCACCCCACCCCCCAAAAAAAAGUUGAAUUAGAAAAACAGAUCACUCAAUUUGGAAAUGUCAUUCUGUGCGUGAAUGGAAAUGUGUGUUAAAUACUUUUACAAGAGGCAUGGUUGCAAUGAAAAUGUCUUUUUGCUUCAAAUUAUUCUAACCACCCCUUAAAGUCUUUCCCUAUCUCAAGCAUUAUUUACAUCCAGAUUCCCAAAUUGGACCAAGUAUGUAGGUCCCUUAAAAUUGGAUGGAUAUGGUAGGCAGAAAUUUGACUGUGGUUCUGUUGAAUCAUGAAAAGGAAAGGUAAUAUUUGAGGAGAGUUUGUAAACAGAAUAUCAUGCCUUCUGUCCCCAUUACUGAAAUGGACAUUAGAUUCAGAAAUGGAUCUAAGAAUUCAGACAUCCCUCCAUUAGCAGCUCUAAUGCUGAAGGGUGAUCACCCCUUACCUGGAGGCUUCCAUCUAAGCCUCAGAGGGUGACUAAAACAUUUCAGUCAGAAACCUUUUUCCAAAGCCUGUGUUCUACAUAGACUAUAUUGGCCAUUCCCAUGCAAAUUUCCAAGAGGGUGGGAAAAACUCAGUCUGUGGGAAUUUGCUGGUCAGGAAAACAGUUUUCUCCUUUCCUAAAUUGGACUAAAAACAGACUUAACAUUUCUCAUCUUUUAGAAUUGCAUCUACUUGGUGCAUGCCAUCCACUAAGUCUUGAUCUAGAAAUACUGCAGAUAUAAGCAGUUAGAGGAGAAUUAAAAAAAAAAUAAUUAUUUACCUCCAUUUUUGUAUGGAAGAAUUUUCAAAGCAGACUUCAUUUUGUUCUGUUUAUUUUGGGGAGUGUGUGUGUGUGUGUGUGUGUGUGUGUGUGUGUCAGGGAUUGGGGGGGGUGAUUCUUUCCAGUGAUUCAUAUCUCAAACCCAUUCCACUCUCAACUUUCAUUUGAUGUGUUCAAAGUCGGGGAAAAAAAAAAAAAAAAAGCCGAACUGAAUACUUAAUUUGACAUGAAGCUGAAGGAGUGAACAAGCCAGAGGGGAGAGUUUGAAUAAAGCAUGGCCUUGGCUUCAUACCACACUUUUUGUGCCUUGUAUUAUCAAUGUAAAUUCUGAAUGUUGUACAGUAAAUACUUGGAUGGACUUCUUAGAAAAGGCUGCACUGGCUUCUUUUUCAGCACAUGUACAUAUCUAUAAAUAUAUAUACAUAUAUAUUUGGUAAUGCCAAACAGCUGUGUUAUAUUGUAUUGAACAAAAUGGACAGUUUGGAUGUUUUAUGUAGAGUUUGCAAAAAAAAAAACAAAAAAACUGGAUGGUUACAGACUUUUCAAGAUAAAUGUACAGACAUAAAUUACUGCAUAUCAGUUA